ACAGUAUGAGGACAUACAGAGUAUGAGGACACAGUAUGAGGGCAUACAGAGUAUGAGGACACAGUAUGAGGGCAUACAGAGUAUGAGGACACAGUAUGAGGACAUACAGAGUAUGAGGACACAGUAUGAGGACAUACAGAGUAUGAGGACACAGUAUGAGGACAUACAGAGUAUGAGGACACAGUAUGAGGACAUACAGAGUAUGAGGACACAGUAUGAGGGCAUACAGAGUAUGAGGACACAGUAUGAGGACAUACAGAGUAUGAGGACAUACAGAGUAAGAGGACAUUGUAUGAGGACACAUUUUAAUGUUUCUUUUCAUCCACAGGGAGUUACGGUGGCUAUUAAGCGAAUUCACAAGGAUAGAGUUGAUCUGGCACGGCCCAUGCUUAUCCAGCUUAAACGGAUGAAGGACCUGCAGUACGAGCACCUGGUACGGUUCAUAGGCGUGUGUGUGGACAGCAAGCCGUACUGCGCCGUGUUCACCGAGUACUGCCCAAAAGGUUCUCUCCAGGACCUGCUAGAGAACGAGGACGUCAAACUGGACUCCAUGUUUAAGAUGUCUCUAAUGCAUGACAUUGUUAAG